AAAAGCAAGAGGAGAGAUCAUGCGAGCAACGAGGAGAACUCUGAAGCUCUCGCAAUCGCCAUCUCCGAUUUAUUCGCUCUUGAUUCCCUUUUCUUCUUCUUGUCUCUCCAUUUUCUCCAUUUUCCGCAAUCCAGUUUUGAGAUUUUCGCGGCCGACGUUCUCUGUUACUCAAUUUCGGUCUGCGAAAUUCCAUAAGGGUUGAUUGCGAUUCGCCGUUCCUCUUUUUCUCGGGGACUUGAAACUGAGAUAUUGUAUUUUGUGAAAUGAGGUUGGAUUGAUUCACACCACUGUUGGAGGUGAGGAGGUUGGCGCAUUGCCGAACAUCCUUGUAUGGCUGAUAUUGUAGUCAGUGAAAAAUCCAGGAGACAACUGAAGCUUUGUAAUUAUUUGAUAGAGUGAGCAAUAUGGAUUCAACCAAGAGUUGGUUUCAAAAAUUUCAGCCACGUGAUAAGUUGCGGUCCGCAUCCAAAAAGAAGGAUUCUGGGAUGGGGGGCAAGGAUGAGUCCGCGCCAACAUCAGACGAAGAUACACCCUCAAAUGUCACACAGCAGAGGGUUGCAGCAGCAAAGCAAUAUAUUGAGAAACAUUACAAGGAGCAAAUGAAGAAUUUACAAGAGAGGAGGGAACGACGUAGUAUAUUGGAGAGGAAGUUGGCUGAUGCUGAUGUGUCUGAGGAAGACCAGAACAAUCUAUUGAAGUUUUUGGAGAAGAAAGAGACAGAGUAUAUGCGACUUCAAAGGCAUAAAAUGGGUGCCGAUGAUUUUGAGCUGUUGACAAUGAUUGGGAAGGGUGCUUUUGGUGAGGUCAGGGUUUGUAGGGAAAAAACUACAGGAAGUGUAUAUGCUAUGAAAAAGCUCAAAAAAUCAGAGAUGCUUCGACGUGGACAGGUUGAACAUGUAAAAGCCGAAAGGAAUCUCCUUGCAGAAGUUGACAGCAAUUGCAUUGUUAAGCUUUAUUGUUCUUUCCAAGAUGAGGAGUACUUGUAUCUCAUCAUGGAGUAUCUUCCUGGUGGGGAUAUGAUGACUUUACUCAUGAGAAAGGAUACAUUGACCGAGGACGAGGCAAGAUUUUAUGUUGCAGAGACGGUUUUGGCUAUUGAAUCUAUCCACAAACAUAACUACAUUCAUAGAGAUAUUAAACCUGAUAAUCUGCUGCUUGAUAAAUUUGGACACUUGAGACUGUCAGACUUUGGACUUUGUAAGCCAUUAGAUUGUAGUACUCUUGAAGAAAAGGAUUUUGAAGUUCAGAGUGGAAGUGGAGGUUCAGCAGCUGAUGAUGGCUCUACAAAACCGAGACGUACUCAACAAGAGCAACUUCAGCAUUGGCAGAAGAACCGACGAAUGCUUGCUUUUUCUACAGUUGGUACACCCGAUUAUAUUGCACCAGAAGUUCUAUUGAAGAAGGGUUAUGGAAUGGAAUGUGAUUGGUGGUCACUUGGAGCAAUAAUGUUCGAAAUGCUUGUAGGAUAUCCACCUUUUUACUCAGAUGAUCCCAUGACAACAUGUAGGAAGAUAGUGAACUGGAAGACUCAUUUAAAGUUUCCUGAGGAAGCAAGGAUAUCUCCAGAAGCCAAAGAUCUUAUUAGUAAACUGUUGUGCAAUGUUAAUCAGAGACUUGGGUUAAAUGGUGCUGAUGAAUUAAAGGUUCACCCUUGGUUUAAUGGCAUUGAUUGGGAGAGGAUAUACCAAAUGGAAGCUGCUUUCAUCCCUGAGGUCAACGAUGAGUUAGACACUCAGAAUUUUGAGAAGUUUGACGAGGCUGAUUAUCAAUCUCAAUCAGCAUCUAAAACAGGUCCAUGGAGAAAGAUGCUUUCAUUCAAGGACUUGAAUUUUGUGGGCUACACUUACAAGAACUUUGAAAUUGUGAAUGAUUAUCAAGUUCCAGGCAUUGCUGAACUGAAGAAGAAGGACAACAAACCUAAGAGACCAUCAGUUAAGUCACUCUUUGAGGACGAGUCAUCUGACUCAUCAGAGUCAACAUCUAAUGGUGAUCAAUCUGUUCAAGGGAGUUUCUUGAAUCUUUUGCCUCCCCAAUUAGAAGUGUCUCAGGUUCAAACCGAUGGUCUAUCAUCAAAAUCUUAAGUACUUAAAGCAUUAGGUGGCCAAGGAGUCCUGACCGAUAACCGAUCUGGUCAGUUAUGACGAUGAUUCUUGUUGCAUUGCAUCUUGGAGUACAGUCAAAGGUCUAGCAUAGUAUUUUCACAAGCUAAUUCUCGACAUUGAUCCUCUGAUAUCCAUUACUGUAUAAUUCUUCCCACAAAAGUAACCAUACUAAACUGUAAAGUGAAUCCCAUUUGUUGAUGGCUGAUACCCUAUUCUUUUGUUCCAACUUUUGUACUGUCAAGCUCCAAAAAUGUAUCUUGUACAAAUGUACUACAUGUGUUAUGCGCUUGGAUUUCUCUUGAUUAGUGAAAGAGUAAAUUCUUGUAGUAUGCUUAUCGUUGCCCAGAAUUGUUUCGUAACAGUCUAUAAAACCGUUUAUAAUGACAUCUUCUGAUUCUUGUUACUUGACAUUGUUGCCUGUUGGCCAAUUAAGCUGAGCAAUUGACAGUAGUUUUCCGUAAGAUAGUCGAUGGUGUUCCUUUCAUCUACACUACUUGACUUGCAUUGCUAAUUGUUAUUGUUCCCAAUCCCAUACUUCGUAUCAAUUUGGGUCAUUUUGUUGGCUUUGAGUUCGACAUUUGGUGGUGGCAUGAUUGCGACAUUUAGGUCAUUUUGUUGGCUUUGAGUUUGACAUUUUAGGUCAUGUCAUGUCAAUUUUUGUAUAUACUUUGUAUCAACUUGGUUUUAUUUUCUUAUAUUUAGUCAUUUUUAAAUAUGUUAAUUUUA